CGGAAGUGGCCCGGCACUUCCGGUACGGGGAAACUCCUUGCUGCCGCUCGGGGCUGGCUUGACAGGCGCGGUGUCUGCAAGUAGCUCGGUGUCUCCUUGCGUCUUCCUCACGUCCACGCUCCGAGCUUCGUUUGCCGCAGCUGUCCCGCCACUCCUGUCUCCGCAGGCGCCCCUUCCCCAUGUGCCGGGGCAGGAGUCCUGAAAGCGAAGACCCGCUCGCCGGUACCCCAUCAUGUCCGAACUGACUAAAGAGCUGAUGGAGCUGGUGUGGGGCACCAAGAGCAGCCCCGGCCUCUCCGACACCAUCUUCUGCCGCUGGACGCAAGGGUUUGUGUUUAGUGAAUCAGAGGGAUCUGCAUUAGAACAGUUUGAAGGUGGCCCCUGUGCUGUUAUUGCACCUGUUCAGGCAUUUCUUUUGAAGAAGCUCCUGUUUUCUUCAGAGAAGUCUUCUUGGAGGGAUUGCCCAGAGGAAGAGCGGAAAGAACUCCUUUGUCAUACCUUAUGUGAUAUUUUAGAAAGUGCUUGUUGUGACAACUCUGGAUCUUACUGCCUGGUUUCCUGGUUAAGAGGAAAGACAACCGAGGAAACGGCUAGUAUUUCUGGGAGUCCUGCAGAGUCUAGUUGCCAAGUGGAACAUUCUUCUGCCUUGGCUGUCGAAGAGCUUGGCUUUGAGCGAUUUCAUGCAUUAAUUCAAAAAAGAUCAUUCAGAAGUUUAUCAGAAUUAAAAGAUGCUGUCUUGGACCAGUAUUCAAUGUGGGGAAACAAAUUUGGAGUGUUGCUUUUUCUGUAUUCUGUGUUACUGACAAAGGGCAUUGAAAACAUAAAAAAUGAAAUUGAAGAUUCAAAUGAACCUUUGAUAGAUCCUGUAUAUGGACAUGGCAGCCAAAGUUUAAUUAACCUCCUACUGACGGGACAUGCUGUUUCUAAUGUGUGGGAUGGUGAUAGAGAAUGCUCAGGAAUGAAACUUCUUGGUAUACAUGAACAAGCAUCUGUAGGAUUCUUAACAUUAAUGGAAGCUUUAAGAUACUGUAAGGUUGGUUCUUACUUGAAAUCUCCAAAAUUCCCUAUUUGGAUUGUUGGCAGUGAAACUCACCUCACCGUAUUUUUUGCCAAGGAUAUGGCUUUAGUUGCUCCUGAGGCUCCUUCAGAACAAGCCAGGAGAGUUUUUCAAACCUAUGAUCCAGAAGAUAAUGGAUUCAUACCUGAUUCACUUCUAGAAGAUGUGAUGAAAGCAUUGGACCUUGUUUCAGAUCCUGAAUAUAUAAAUCUCAUGAAGAAUAAAUUAGAUCCAGAAGGAUUAGGAAUCAUAUUAUUGGGUCCAUUCCUUCAAGAAUUUUUUCCCGAUCAGGGCUCCAGUGGUCCAGAGUCAUUUACUGUCUAUCACUACAAUGGAUUGAAGCAGUCAAAUUAUAAUGAGAAGGUAAUGUAUGUUGAAGGGACAGCCGUUGUUAUGGGUUUUGAAGAUCCCAUGCUACAAACAGAUGACACUCCUAUUAAACGUUGUCUCCAAACCAAAUGGCCAUACAUUGAAUUACUGUGGACCACAGAUCGCUCUCCUUCACUAAACUAAUUUGCCUAAGUAUUUAUAAGGAAGAUUGUAAUAGCAGAUGUUGAAAGAGGGAUGCAAGACUGGCAGUUGGCUACAUUAAGCUAUACACUGGUAUCACUAAUUGUAAAUAACAAAACUUUUUCAGUGUUUAAGAUAUGUUUAAAUUAUUUGUUUUAAAGCUUUAUGUUAAAGGUUACCCUAUUUUAACUCUAUGUGAAAUUUACUAGCAAAAUUAAGCUUUAAUCCGACUUCAUCACUUUUACAGAUAAUUGGUCAUUUAUCAAAUUAUAAACAUCCUAAUACUCUACAGCAUUUGUAUACUGAGUAUCAAAGUUACUAUUUAUAAACUUAUACAUUGGGUUUUUAUUUCAAUCAGACAUUUUAUGGUUUCAGUGAUUCUGGCUUGCAGUCUAUCAGCUUCCACGCUGAAAUGUACAAAAGUUAAAUCUUUGUUAUUUCUUCUCUAAAAUCUGGUUUCCAUUAGGAAUACUGAUAAAUUAUCAACCUGGAUUCUUUGCCAAUUGGCUUAGCUCUGGCAUGUUUAUAAAAAGUAGAAACUAUAAGGGAACAUUACCAUUUAUUCACUGAUAUAGAGGAUGUAUUUCAAAAAAUGAUAGGUAAGAGAAUCUAUUUGAUAGUCUUAACACUGUUAACUUUUACUGUAUUGCCAAAUACACUUUUCCAAAUUUAUCCCAGCAGCCCUGUAAGCCAGCUUUCUUGUAUAUUUAUGUGAUAAGUGCAUGAGAACAUCUGUUAUUACAUUAGUAUAUUGCAUUAUUUAUUAUGAUCCUGGUGGAUGGUCUAAAUAAACACUUUUUUUCUUUAA